UUCUCCUGGUGUCGGCUGGAGUAGUAUUCUUCUUGGCCAUGACACUGGGACCGCAGCCUUACUACUGGCCCAAUACAGAAACGGUCUCCUAUGGAGGUAGCCCGCCAAUUGCGACGAGAAGUGGAUGGAUGGCCCUGGCUCUGCUACCAUUUGUCUUAGCAUUGAGCGCAAAGGCUAAUUUUAUCUCAACUUUGACCGGCGUGCCUCACGAAAAGCUUCAAGUGUUUCAUCACUGGACAAGUUAUGCUAUGUUUGUCCUGGCGCUCGUCCACACCUUUCCUUUCAUUAUUUACCACAUCGAUCAAGGCGAUAUGGUCGACCAGUGGAAGACGGAGGUUACAUACUGGACUGGGGUUGCCGCUCUAAUUCCGCAGGCAUAUCUGACAUUCAUGUCGUUGCCAGCCAUCAGGAACCGAUUCUAUGAAUUCUUCAAAGCCACUCAUUUUCUUGCCGCUCUGGUAUUCAUCGUAUUUUUCUUCUUGCACUGUGACUUCCGCUUGUCUUCAUGGGACUACUUCAUCUCCGCAGGAGCAAUCUACAUCCUCAGCUUAUGGAUAUCCAACAUUCGCACCUACUUCAUGCAUGGCCGCCACACAGCCACAAUCGAACACCUCCCCUGCGGCCUCGUCCGGAUCCGCAUUCCAACAAUCAUGGCCUGGCGCCCAGGCCAACACGUUUUCGUCCGAUUCCUCAGCCUCCAGCAAGGCAUCCACUGUCUCAGCGCCCACCCCUUCACCAUCUGCUCCCUCCACCAGGACUUCGAGAAAACCGGCAAAGCCCCUGAAAUCAUCUUCUACGUCAAGCCGCGCCGCGGACUAACAGCCAGUCUGGGCAACACUGCCCUCGAAAAGCCGAACUCAUCUGAGACAGUGCUCCUCGAAGGCCCAUAUGGCGGGAUUUCCCAUUCCGUCGAUUUCGCCCGGUUUGACACUUAUGUCCUAAUUACUGGAGGAACUGGCGGUGGCUUUUCCCUGGCCAUUCUCGAGGAAGCACUGCGGACUCAUCAGCAGCAACAGCAGCAGCCCACCGCAACAAUCCAAGUACAUUUUGCAACCCGCACCGCCGCCCUCGCAGACUGGUACCGGGAGCAAAUCAAAGCCAAGCUUGCAGCCUACAACGUCUCAAGCGACAAUAUCUCCCUCUCCAUUCACGUCACCACGAAGGACCCCCUCUUGCCCACACCAGCUUCGGGAUCGCCCCUGAUCCCAGACUCAGUGGAAAAGAGACAACCCGGUGAUUCCGUCGACUCAGUCUCAUCGCAGGUGGACAUUGCAGAUACGGUUGUCCAGAUGGGGAACCGACCAGACAUAUCAGGGAUUAUCGCAGCCAGCACCACAUCCAACACGUCAAGACGCAUCGCCGUCUUUACCUGCGGCCCGGGGUCCAUGAUCCGCGACGUGAGAAACGCAGCUGCAGAAGCGCAGGGCCAAGUUCUGAAGAAGGGUAGCAUUGUGGAGGAAGUCUAUCUGCAUACGGAAUCAUUCUCGUGGUAACAUCCUUUUUCGCGUAUACAACUUCGACCCGAAUACAAUACUUGAUCGUCACAUUAUAUACUUGCUUGUACCUAGUUUGAUUUUUCCCAUCUUUGAUCUUUCAUCUUUGCUUCUUGUGUGAUACUACCCCCUCCCUCUUUGCUCGUUAUUCCAGCAUAUACUUACAUAUUGUACCUUAAUACCCUCAAUUACUCACUAAAAGAUAGUACUUAUCCCAUAUGGAACCUCUCACCACUAGUAAAAU